AUUGAAAAUGAUAAUUCAGUUGUAGAGAAUAAUAAUAUUUUAGAUUUUAUUGAUGUAAUAAAUGAAAAAGGUCAAGUUCUUUUUUCAAUGCAACCAUAUUAUAUCGAUUUAUAUACAAUGAAGGAAGCUCUUCUUUUUACAACAUUUUAUAAAAGUAUGAAUCCAAAUAUGUUUGAAACGAUUAAUGAAAAGAUUAGUCAUUUUAAUGGAACUAUGGAUAUGAAUAUAAAUGAAUGUUACUCAGGAGGAAAAAACAGAUUUAAUUAUCUAAUACAUUCUUUAGAAAAUGCAACUACAUAUAAUUAUGAUAAGGAAGAAUAUGAUAAGAAAUUAAGUAAAUACAGAUUUAUUAUAGAUAAUUUUUAUAAAUGUUUCGAAAAGAAAAACAAUGAUAUUAAGAAUGAAUUAAAUAAUAUUACAACUGAUGUUUCUAAAAUGCUUAAUCAAUUAAGUUGUAAAAAUAAUUUAUGUAAUACAGAAUAUUAUUUGAUAAAUAUAAAUCUUUAUUUAUUACAUUUAAAUGAGAAUUCAUCUACAUUCAAUGAUACAUAUUUAUCUAGAGCUAAGAAUAUUGUAGAAUCAACUGAGAAUCUUAUAAAAUUAAUACAAAAUGAAAUGGGGAACAAUCAAAGUUUAUACUCAGUCAUGUUUGUAUAUGAUAAUUUGAAUGUUAUUAUUAAAAGAUACAAUUUUCAUUUAAAUAAAAUGAAUUAUGGAAAAGAACAUAUUAUAGAAUUAUUACAAAAGGAUAAUCAUAAUAAUACUGCUACUAGUAAGAUUAAUUAUGAAAAUAUAUCUAGCACUGAAUAUAUAAAUAAACUAUUUGAAUCGGUAAAUUUGUUUUCUUCUUAUAAAUAUAGCUAUAAAAUAUUAACACAACUGAAUUCUUUAAUUAUUAGAAAUGAAAUGAUACUAAAUAAUUUAUUUAAUCAUUUAUUAAAAGAUAUAGAAAAAAAACAUAUACUUUCUCAUUUAAAUAUAAAUAAUUUUGAUUCUAAAUAUAAUACCACCAUUUCAGAAACAGAAAGCUUAUUAAAAAGUGUUGCAGAUAUUUUGAAAAGAAAUGAUAAAAAACAAAAUAUAAAUUUUCAAGGCGUCUUAGGUUUAAAUAUAUUAAUUAAGGGAAAUAUGCAUAGUGAAAAGAUAAUUGAAUUAAAUAAUGCAAAAAAAAAUUUAGAAACACUUAUAUCAUCCAUUAAGACAAUAUAUAAUUCUAUUAAAUCUGAAAAAUAUACUAUUGAAAAUUUAACAAACAAUGAAAUAGAUAAAAUUGAUUAUAUCUAUAAAGCACAGAAUCUUUCUAGUUUCAUAGAAACAAUAAAAAAUAAAGAAAUAAAUAUUAGUCAAAAUAAAAAUAUGAUUGAUUCUUAUUAUACAAAUGUUCAAGAAUUAGAAAAACAAAUUAAAGAAUUAUGUAAAAAUAUUGAAAGUAAUACAAAUAUAAAUGAAAAAUUAAAAACAGAUUAUGAAAGGAGAAAUAGUUAUAAAACAAAUAUUAUAAAAAAUUUAGAAUAUAUUAAUACUAAUGUAAUUGAUAUUAAAGCAAUAAUAUCAUUAUACAACCAAAUAGAUAACACUGUAUUAAAUAUUAACGAAUUAAAUAAUGAAAAAAUAAUCAAUAUGGAGAAUUUUUUUAAAACAAAAGAAGAUAUAUAUAAUAAUAUAAAAACACAACGUAGUAAUUUUUAUAAUAAUAAAUUGAAUGAAUUAAUAUCUGAACUAUUACCACUCUUGGAAUAUAAUAAAACAAAUGUUGAUUAUGACAAAAAAACUAUAUCUGAACUUGAGAGAAUUGAAGAAGAAACAAAAUUACAAUGCGAUAAAUUAGCUAAUAUAAAACCUGUUAGUAUAAAUAAUAUGUUAAUUAAUAUGAAUAAUGAAUUAAAUAAACUUAAUACACUUAAGGAUGAUAUUAUUAAAAAGUGUUUAGAUCAAUUAAAUACCGAUAUAUCAAAUAUAAAUGAUUCUACUGUUUCUACAGUUUUAGAAUUGAGAAAUAAAAUUAAUGACUAUAAAGAAGAAAUAGAUGAUUUAGAAAAUUACAAAAAAAUGAUAUCUAAUUUAGAAUAUGACUAUUUAUAUAAUUUACACGAAGAUGAUAGUGCUCUAUAUGUAAUAAAAAAUAUAGAUGUACAAUUAGAACAAUAUAAAGAUAUCAUUCAUAAUAUAAAAAAUAAGAUAACACAUGACAUACAUAUUAUAAAAACAAAUAUGGAAGAAUCAGAGAAAAAGGUUAAAUCACAUAUGGACUUACAAGAAAGAUUAAAGAAACAUGUAGAUUUAAAAGAGACAUAUGAAAUUACAUUAUUACCAUUAAAUAAGAAUCAAAUUGAUAAAAAUGUAAUAAAAGAAUAUGAACAAGAAUUUAACAAGACAAGUGAAAGAAUUUAUAUUCUAAUAAAUGAUAUAAAUAAUUUAAAUGAACACAUGAAUGUUCUUAAACAAUUUAAUGCUAAUGUAUAUGGUUCAAAUAUAAAUGUACAAAUGCUUAAAGAUUUUAAUAUAAAAGAAGAUGUCAUAAUAGAUAAAUUAAAUGAACACAUGAAAAUAAUAAUAGAAUCGGAUUCGAUACUAGGAAGUGUAAGAAAGGAUACCUUUUUAGAUGCUAUAAAAAAACAAAUUCAACUUGUUAAGAAUAAAUUUUUGGAUAUGGAUAUUAAAAGUCUAAAAAAACGUGCACAGGAUUUAUUGUAUUUAUAUUUAAAUAGCAAAACAAAAUAUCAUGAUACGAAAGAAAUAAAUGUGGAAUUAUUAGAAAACCAAAAUUAUAAUUGGAAGUCUAUUAGAAAUGAUAUAGAAAAUAUGAAUACAGAAUGUGAAAUAUUAGAUAAAAUAUCUGAUGAGUUAAUUACAGAACAGAAGCUUGUUAUAUUACAUUCUUUAGAUAAACUUAUUAAAGAGAUGAAUCAAAAAAUUAAUAAUAAUAUAAAUGAAUAUUUAAAACGUUCAGAUGAUAUUAUUAAUGCAAUAAUAUCAUUUCGAUCCAAUAUAAAUAUCAACAAAUAUGAAAAUGAAAAAUACAAUCAAAAGAUAAAUAGAUUAAAAGAAUUAUCUACCCAAUUAGAAAACAAAAUUUUAGAAACAAAGAAGUCAUUAGAACAUAAUAAAAAAAACUCUAAUAAUUUUGUGAUUCAAGCAGAAAAUGUAAUAAAAAAUAAUGAAAAGAAAUUUAUUGAUAAACAAAAUAUUAUGAACGAUAUAUAUAAUCAGAUAAAAUAUAUAUUUGAAAGAAUAGAUAAUAUAGAUUCCAAAAAUUCAAUGACAAAUGUUAUAAUAUAUGUAGAAUUAAAUUAUGAAAAACUAAUUUAUGAUUAUAUAUAUGAGGAAGUCGAAAAUGAAGAAACGGUUUCAAAGACAUUAAUGGAAGAGUUUAAAUUAUAUAAAGAAAAGAUAGAAGAAUUAAUACAAAAAGAUAAUCAAAAUAAAGUUUUACCUUUUCUAAAGAGUUUACACUAUAAUGAUUAUUCUAACAAAAUUAAAGAGACGUAUAAUAAUAUAUUAAAACUUGUUCAGAAUACCAAAGAAUUAAAUAAACUCUAUCAAGAUAGUAAUGAUUCUACUUAUAAAGCAAAAGAAAAUAAUAUUGAAGGGGAAAAAUACCUCAAAGACAUAAUAAAUUAUAAUAAUAAUUUAAAAACAUUAUUAGCUACAGUUAAAGAAUUAAAGGGAUAUAUAGAAGAAAAUAAUAUUGAUGGAAUUUAUAAAAGAAUUUUAGAAAAUAUCAAAAAAACAGUAGAACAUGAUACAUUAGCUAAAAUUGAAUAUGCUAAAAUAGAAUCGUUAUAUAAAGCAUUAGAAAUGGAUUUUGAAAAAAUGAAUACAAUUCAUAAUACUGGUUAUGAACAUUUAGAUAUUCCAAAUAUUGAGAAACAAUUAAAAUUAAUUAUUCAGAAUAAAGAUAAUUUAACAUAUAAAGAAAAAGAAAUCGAUAUGAUUUUCAAGAAAAUUAAGGAAUAUAAAGAAAUAACUCUAUUACACCAUAAUUUGGUAACAGAAGGAAAAAAUACUUUAGAUAUAUUAAUAAAAGAUCUAUCGAUUGAUGAAGAAUCUAAAAGUAAAUAUAAUAUGGAUGAACUUGUAAAACAUAUGAAUGAAGCCACAAAAGCUUCAAAUAAAGCUACUGAAUAUUUUGUGAAUUGUGAAUCUAAUAAAAAUAAAUUUUCAAUAAAGGAAAAAGAAUUCAAAGAUCUAUUAAUUGAAUCCUUUAGUUUAUUAUUAAAAAGAAAACAUGAGGAAAUAAAAAAUGAAAAAUUGAUAGAUAUUACUUUAAAUGAAGCAAAUGAAAUAGAAUCAGGAUAUGAAAGAAUAUUAAUUGAUGAUAUUUGUGAACAAAUUGUAGAAAAAUCAAAACAAAAUGAUAAUAUUAACAAAGAAAUUGAAACAGAUAAAUGUAAAAUAGCAUAUAAAAAUGUCGAAAUAAAAAUUGCAAGGAUUGAACAUUAUUUAAUUCAACUAUCAAAUAUAAGUGAUAAUAUAGAUAAUAUAUUAAAUAAAUCCAAAAUUGCAAUGAAUUCUAUAAGAACCAUAAGUAAUAUAGAAACAAAAAUUAAGUCUCAUAAUUUUAAUGAAGAGCAUAUUAACAAUAUAGAACAUUUAAAUACUAUACUAAGUGAAAAGGAAAAUAUGGAAAAUGAAGAGAAAAUAAUGAAUACAUUAAGUAACAAUAUUAUAGAAUUAUAUAAUGAAAUAAAAAAUAAUAAAAAGGAUUAUGAAAUAGGAUUUUUAGAAAAUAUAAAAAUGCUAGCAGAUCAGAAAAAGAAAUAUAUAGAAUCUACAAAAGGUUUAGUAAAUUCUUUAAUAAAUAAAUUUGCUUCACUUUUUAAUAAAAAAUAUUUAAAUAAAUAUAAUAUUCAAGAAAAUGUAGAAAUAUAUAAUAGAAAAAUAGCAGAAAAAUAUGUUCAUUUUAAUAAUUCUUUUAUUAUUAUUGAAAAUAAUAUGAAGGUUUCUAUAAACGAAUCUAUUCAUUAUGAUGAAGCAAAGAAAAUAAGAGAAACGGCAGAACGUGAAUUGAAUAAAAUAGAACAAAAUAUUGAUGAAGUAAAAAAUUAUUUGAAAUAUAUACAAAAAACAGAAGGUUUUAGAUUAAUGUAUUAUAUGAAAGGAUAUUUAGAUAAUAUAUAUGAAAACUGUUCAAAGAAACAUUCAAAUGUUAUAAGUGAUCAUAAAUAUAUUAAAAAUAUAAUUGAAGAAAUGAAAGAUAUAGAGGAUGAACAAAUUUCAUUAAAAAAAUAUAAUGAGGCAAUUAAAAAAUAUACAGGAAUGAAUGAAAGUAUUAAUUGUUCUAAUGAAGACGAUAUUAUUAAUAUAUUUGGAUCUAUUAUUAAGUGUGUAAAUUUUUCAGGAAUCAAAAUAUUAUCUGAUAUAAAAUCAGAAAUAAUUCCAGAAUUAUGUUUAGAUGAUAUAUCUCAAUCAAGUAAAAAAUUGCAGCUUAUUAUUUUAGAACCUGAAAUGAAAUCACAAUUUGAAGGGGAAUCGAAUUAUGAAGAAAAAAUAAAAGAAGCUCAUUCAUAUUCUGUUAAUGUAUUACAUUAUUUGAACGAAAUUGAAGAAAAAAAAAGAGAAAGUGAAACAUUAAUAAAUACUUGUAAAAAUAUAUAUAAUAAAACAAAUCAAUUACAUGAAUUAAAAUUAAAAAUUAAUGAUAUUAUUAAUAGUAAGGAAAAUCAAAUUAUUCAAGGAAUUAAUAAUAUAACUCAAAAAAUAGAAGAAUUAGAACAAUUAAAAUGUAAUACUACAAAAUAUGAAGAAAUAUUAGAUAAAAAAGAAUAUGAAUAUCUAAAUUCAAUUAGUGCUUCAUACAAAUAUACAAAGACAAAUAUUUUAUUUAAAACUGAUAUAAAAAAAAUCAAUGAGAAUUUUCAUAAUAAUCUCAGAAAAUUAUAUGAUAUAAAAAAUAUUAUUUAUACACCAAGAGCAAAUGUAGAUACAAGUAUUAACAUAGAACAGAUUAAUAUUUUAUUUGAUGAAAAUCAUAAAAAUAUAAAUAGUAUUCAAAGUGACAUAAGAACAAUUAAUAUUACAUUUGAUGAAUUAUUAGAUAAAGGGAAAAAAUGUGAAAUUUCGUUGUAUAAUUCGAUAUGUAUAAAUAUUAAGAAUAAAAUAUAUGAUAAUAUAAGAAGAAUCAAAAAUAAUCAAGAGGAGGCUCAAAUGUGUUUACAUUAUAUUGAGAACAAUAUUACUUCUUUAGAUAGUGAUAUACAUACAUUUAAUAAUUAUAACAAUGAACAUAUAAUAAGUAGUUAUAUAUCUUCAAAUAUAGAAAACACACAUGAAUAUAUAAUCAAUUUAAGAUCGCUUAUAGAAAAUGUCGAAAGGAUAAAUAAUCACAUAAAUAAGGAAUUUAUUGUAGUAACUCAAAAUACAGAUAUAGAAUCAUUACAAAAGAAAGAUGAAAUUUUGUUAGAAUUUUAUAAUGAUUUUAAAAAGGAAGAAGAAAAUAUUAAUAACAUUUAUAAAAAUAUACAUAUCAAAAAAUUAAAAGAAAUUGAAAACAGUUUAGAAAAAUAUGAUUAUUUAACAACAUCAUUUAAUAAAAUGAUAGAAACACAAAAGAGCAAUAUAUUAAAAAAUGAAAACGAAUUCAAGAUAAUCGAAAAAACCACAGAGGAUAAGAAGAAAGACAUUCCUGUUUUAAAUAAUAUGUCCUUAAAGAUUGAAUCGGUUACAUUUUUUAAUCAAGAAUAUCGUAGUAUUAUGAAUCUUAUUCAGGAUAUGCAUAAUUUAGAACAAACAAAUUAUUCCGAAAGACUAAAUGUGAAACAAUAUUUAGAAUACAUAUCUACCUUAAUCGGAAGAAUAAAUGAGUUCUCAAAAAUGUUACAACAAUAUGAAGAUAAUAAAAUUACCAAAAAAAAUCUUUUCCAAUUUAAUUUAGAGGAAAUUCAUAAUAAUAUAGGAAAACUAAAAGAGAAAAUAAAUAACGUAAAUAAUAAAUUUGUUAAAUUAAUGGAAGAUGUUAAAAAAAAUGAAGAGUCAUUAAAAGAUAAUGCUAAUAUUAAAAAUAUUAUAAAUAACAUAUGGAAAAAUAUAUAUAGUAUCAAAGAAAAUAUUUCAAAAAAUUUACCUGAAAAAGAUAAAUUAUUAGAAAUCGAAAAUGAACUAAAUGAUAUGAAAAAUAUUAUGAACGAAACAAAAAGAAUAUCUAAUAUAAAUGAAUAUGUUAAAACAAAUUUUCAUGAAGGAAUAGGUUAUAAAAGUAAGGAAGAUGACUAUAAAAAUAUUGAAGAUAUUAAUGAAUUAUUAUAUCAAAUUAAAAGAGAUAAUAAAAAAGUUCAAGAUGAAUUAUUAAUAAUUAAUCAUGCUAAUAAAAAAUUAGAAGAAAGGAUAAAUUAUAUAAAUGUUAUAUUUGGGACAAUAUCAAGCACGGAUGAAAAUACAAUUCGAAAAUUUGCUGAAGGUUAUGUUUUUGAAUCUACAAAAUUAUAUGAACAAUCAAAACAAAUUUUAUUAAAACUCAAUGAAUUAUCAGAUCAUCAUUUUAAAGAGAUCACUUAUCUAGACGCAGAGAGAAUCAAAUGUGAAGAAAAAAUAAAAAGAAAAGAAGAAGAAAUAAGGAAACAAGAAGAAUUGAAAAAAAAGGAAGACGAAUUGGUAGAAAAAUUUAAUGAAGAAUUAAUAGAAAAUAUAGAAAUCGCCGUAGAAAAUGAAAUAGAAAAUAUAUGGAAAGAUAAUAAUACAAAAAGUGAAGUACAACAAAAAUUAUCUGAAGCUAUUGAAGAAAAAAUGAAAAAUAAAAUUGAUGAAUUAACAAAUGAAAAUGAUGAUAUAGUAAAAGAUAAUAAACAAAUGUUCAAAGAUAAAUUAAAUGAUGAAUUAAAAAAAAUAAAAGAACAAGUAAAAAAAAAAAUUGAUAAACUUAUCAUAGAAAAAGAUGAAGAAAAACAAAAGGAAACAAAAAAUACACAAAUAAAUGAAACUAACACUAACAAAAAUACAACUGAAUUAAUUAACAAUAGUAGUGACACUACAAAAAUUAAGGAUGAAGAAAAUUAUAAAGAAAUGAAAACAGAAGAAAAAGAAAAAGAAAACGAAAAUGAAAAUGAAAAUCAACAAAACGAUUUGGUAAAAACUAAUAAUGAUGAAAAAGAUAUUAAUAAUAAUGAUAGUUCAAGAAAUAGUAAUACAAAUAAGGAACCAAUACAUAUGUCAACAGAUAAACUUGUUGAUAUAAAUCUAUCACCACAUCAUACACUUGAUACAAAAGAAGUAAAUAAUAAUUCAGAUGGUAUACUAGAUAAUACAUUAGAAAAUAAUUCUAUAAUACAAGAAGAUAUAAAAAAUAGAGAUGAUAAUAAUACACAUAGAAAUAAUGAUUAUAAAACUUUUCAAAGAGGAAGAAGUUUGAAUAUUGUAAUAUAUAUUGCAGGUGGAUUAAUUAUUUUUGCUGUAAUAUUUGGUAGUAUUAGUUUUUUAAUAUUUAAAAUAUAUAAAACAGAAAAAUAUGAUAUCAAUAUGAGUCAUAAUACUUUUAUACGUAAUGAUGAUAUACUUUUCCAAAAUAAAGAUCAAAUGAUUGAAGUAGUUUUCAAUGAAUAUAAUUAUAAUCAGUAUUAA